AUGUCAGAGAGUGACAAUUUCCAGGCUUCGAAUUCUGACAGUAUUAUCUCGUCAUCCUCAACCGAGCAACCGGUAAAAUGUGCAUGUAACCUUACAACGCAUCCUGUGAGGGUGUGGACUCGUAAGAAUCCCGGGCGGAGAUUCGUUAGUUGCAGAGGUCGGCGAGUUGGGCGUCAGUAUGUGAAGUGUGAUAUCUUUCAGUGGGUUGAUCAGGAACCACCACACGGAUGGCAACACCUUGCUUUGCUUGAAGCGAGGGAUAUAAUUAAUGAGGAAAAAGAGGAGCUCGCAAAGCUGAGGAACGAGUUGAAUGGAAAAUGUGAAGAAUGUGAAGCGUUGAAGAGGACAGUGUUGGUACUUACUGAGAGGAGUUCGUUGCUUCGUAAUCUGUUGGUGGGUUCAUCGUUUGGAGUUGGAGUUGUUUUGGGUGGGUUCUUUGGUUUUUACCUGAAGGCUUAG